GGGAAGCCACUCUAUUUUACCAAUGGCUGCUGUUUAUAAAACAAAUUCAGAUAAAAAUGUAUCCAGAAUGGAUGAGGAAGCUGAUUUUAAAACUUUGCCGAGACUAUUGGAGCUCCUACAGGAAUGCAAUGAAGAAAUAAAAUCAGAAUUAUCCCCUAACAUAACUUUAGCUGACAUAAAGCCUGAUGUAGUAACAUCUAAAAUAACUUUAGAGGAAGUAAAACCAGAUGUAUCAAUUUUAUUAUCCACUUUUAAUGACAUUAAAUCAGAUGUAUCUCCGACUUUAGAAAAAAUGAAAGUAGAUGUAUCAACAUCAUUUACAACUGAUAACAUUGAAUUGAAUUUAGGAGCAUCAUGUAUAGCUUUAGAGGAUUUAAAACCAGAUGUAUCAACUUCUUUUACAACUACUGAUUAUACAAAAUUAAAUGUUUCUCCAUCAUUUUCAUCAUUCGACAACAUCAAAAUAGAUAAAUCAACAUUGUUUUCAAACUUUGAAGAAAGAAAGCCAAUUUCGUCAUUCAAGAGUGAAAACCAAAAUAGUUUUGAUGAACAAAUACAACCUCUACCACAUUUAACUACUUGUGAAGAAAAUAUCCCAUGUAUUGAAUCAAAUAUUUGGACUGACUUAAAAGAACUUAAGAUUUUACUCACCCAUUCAAAUAAUAUUUUAUCUUCAAAUGUAACAUUGGGAACGGAAACCAAUCAGUGUUGUGAAUGUGAAAAAGUCUCAGAGGAAGAGGCUGUACACCCAAAAUGCUGGAACCAUGUUAAAGGGCAUAUUAAAACAAACACAGGUGAGAAACAACAUAAGCCUGUUUUUUUACUGCAAAACACAAUUCAUCACAAGGAUUUGGAACACAAAUUUGACUCAAGUCGUGAAAAGAAUCCUAAGAAAGUUGUCUCGUCAAAGCAUAACAAAGCUCAGUUUGUUAAUAAGCUGCAUCAGUGUGACAUUUGUCACAAAAAGUUUUCUUGUCAAGCUUUUUUAUCCACACACAAAAGAAAUAUUCAUUCUGAACAUCAAAAGUUAACCCACCAAGCUAAUUUAGAAUUACAUAAACAAAUUCAUUCUCGCAAAAAACAACGUGAAUGUGACAUUUGUCACAAAAAGUUUUCACACCGAACUAGUUUAGCCAAACAUAAAAAACUACAUUCUGGACUUAAACCAUAUGAAUGUGACAUUUGUCAUAAAACAUUUUAUCUUAAUGCUAACUUAUUAUCACAUAAAAAAACUCAUUCUGUAGAUAAACAAUAUGAAUGUGACAUUUGUCACAAAAAGAUGUCUCGCAAGACUAAUUUAGUCAUACAUAAAAGAAUUCAUUCUGGUCAUAAACCUUAUGAAUGUGUUAUUUGUCAUAGAAAGUAUACUCAGAAAAGUGCUUUAGUAUCACAUGAAAUUGUUCAUUUUGGAGAUAAAUUGUAUGAAUGUGACAUUUGUCAAAAGAAGUUUUUUAAAAAGUCGAGUUUAGCCGCACAUAAAAAAAUUCAUUCUGGAGAUAAACCAUAUGAAUGUGACAUUUGUCACAAAAAGUUUCUUUACAAGUCGAAUUUAGCCGCACAUAAAAAAAUUCAUUCUAGAGAUAAACCAUAUGAAUGUGACAUUUGUCACAAAAAGUUUCUUUACAAGUCGAAUUUAGCCACACAUAAAAAAAUUCAUUCUGGAGAUAAACCAUAUGAAUGUGACAUUUGUCACAAAAAGUUUCUCCAACAGUCUAGUUUAGCCAAACAUAAAAAAAAAUCAUUCUGGAGUAAGCCCAUAUGAAUGUGACAUUUGCCACAAGAAGAUAGCAUGCAAGUAUAGAUUAGUCAUACAUAAAAGAAUUCAUUCUGUUCAUAAGCCUUAUGAAUGUGACAUUUGUCAUAAAACAUUUUCUCAGAAAGCUCAUUUAUUAUCACAUGAAAACACUCAUUCUGUAAAUAAACCAUAUGAAUGUGACAUUUGUCACAAAAAGUUUCAUUACAAGUCGCAUUUAGCUGCACAUAAAAAAAUUCAUUCUGGAGAUCAACCAUAUGAAUGUGACAUUUGUCACAAAAAGUUUACUCAGAAAACAUAUUUAGUAUCACAUAAGAAAAUACAUUCUGGAGAUACAUUCUAUGAAUGUGACAUUUGUCACAAAAAGAUGGCACACAAGUCUAGUUUAGCUAAACAUAAAAAAAUACAUUCAGGAGAAAAAUUCUAUGAAUGUGACAUUUGUCACAAAAAGAUGGCAUACAAGUCUAGUUUAGCUAAACAUAAAAAAAUACAUUCUGGUUAAAAAGCGCAUGAAUGUGACAUUUGAAAGUAUUCUCAGAAAACUUAUUUAGUAUCACAUUAAAAAAAUUCAUUCGGCAGAUAAACCUUAAGAAUGUGACAUUAGUCACAAAAAGUUUCUUUACAAGUAUAGUUUAGCCAUACAUAAAAAAAUCAUUCAGGCUAAAAACCAUAUGAAUAUGAAUGAAACAUUUGUCACAAAAAGUUUUCUCAGAAAGUUUAUUAUAACACGUAAAAACCACUUGAAUGUGACAUUUGCCAUUGAAAUUUUGCCCAGAUAAUGAAUCUUUUUUUCAUUAAUUAGUUAACAAACCAUGUCCUUUUAUUGUUUAGCAUUUAUGAUAUUGUACAUUAUUCGAUUCCAUUAAAUUCUAUAAUAGGGUAUCUUGUUGUUAGAAGAUGCAAUGGAUUGUGCAUAAAGGGAGGUUUCAUUAGAUGUAGGUGGCGUGGGUGGUG